CUAUCCCACUGGAGGGAGCGAAUCCCAGGUCUGGCCAACAGCCGCACUCUCAUUGACCGGGAAAGGUUGCAGAGCUGCGGAGUGUUCGAGGGAGGGAGAGAGAGAAAAAAAAUCAGAAUGUGGAGUGCAUCCGUCUGUUUGUUGAGAGAGAGGAGGGGGAGAGAAACAUACCGUUAACCGCAUAACAGGGAGAGAGAACACCCAUAGAAUUGAUUUCGACUGAUGAGAUGAGGAAUGAGCAUGCGUCCUGUCAGAAAGCCCCUGUGUUGCCUUUUGCUUGUCACGCUGCCGCUGGGAAUUUUCUUCCUUUGCCUCUGGUCGCUGAAGCCUUACCGUGUUGUCGACGUGAAGUACCGAUUUCCUGGGAUUUCCGAGAACCUUCUGGAACGUGGGCUUUGGGAACCUUCUGACAAAUAUGCCCACAUAUCCUACAGAGUGAAAGAGAUAGUGGCUGGGCUUCUUCCAAAGAAUGGCUGCCAAUGUGAGAAAGAGGAGCCCAUGAUAAAUCUACCCUUUACCAAGCACCUUUUCCGUCAGGUUUCUGUCCAACAGUUUGAGCAGGUCUUCAAAGAAGACGAACGGGAGGAUUUGAAGAAAAGGAGGGAACAGGAGUAUCAGCAUUUUCUACAAAGGUAUAUGUUCCUAAGUAGCACCAAAUCAGAUGUCAACCUGACGGCAACGUUGGGAACCUUCGAUGUGGCUGCUGAGGUUGAUAAGGUGAUGAUCGAAGGUGAAGGGGCGAUGCACAUGUCUCUGUCGAGCUCUCAACUGGACAACCUGAACCGUCAACUGCAGUUUGUCACCUACAGCAAUACCGUCUUCAACCCCAACACAGCCGACACAGGCUAUAACAUCAGUGCCUUGGUGACUAUAGCAACCAAAACAUUUCUGAGGUAUGACAAGCUGAGGGAGCUGAUCUCGAGCGUUAGGAAAUAUUACCCCAAUGUCACCAUUGUCAUUGCGGAUGACAGCGGCAAACCACAAAAGGUUGAAGGAGACUUCAUUGAGCAGUACUUCAUGCCAUUUAAGAAGGGUUGGUUCGCUGGACGUAACUUGGCAAUCUCCCAGGUGAAAACGAAAUAUCUGCUCUGGGUCGACGAUGACUUCAUCUUCGCUGCAGAUACCAAGCUGGAGAAAAUGGUGGACAUCCUCGAGAAAACAACACUGGAUAUAGUCGGAGGCUCAGUGCGAGAGGUGACAACCUACUCGGCCACGUUUCUGCACAAGCUCAGUGUGGAAGCAGGCAGAGAGGAGGGAGACUGCCUUAAAAUUCGCCAAGGAUACUACCAUGCAGUGGAAGGCUUCCCUAACUGUGUCGUCACGGACGCCAUCAUCAACUUCUUCAUGGCCCGAACCGAAAAGAUGCAGCAAGUUGGAUUUGAUCCACAUUUAACGAGACAGGGACAUUUAGAAUUCUUCGUGGACGGUUUGGGCCUAUUGCAUGUUGGUUCCUGCAGUGACGUCAUGAUCGAUCAUGCCUCGAAAAUCACCUUGCCUUGGACCAAGAAAACUCAAAACGAGAUACUUUACCAAAAAUUGCGUUACAUUCAGGCUUCAGAGACGGACAGCAACUUGCAAAACAAACUUUUUUAUUUCAAAAACCGAUUUAAAUGCAUUAGGAGCAGCUGAGGGGCUGCCAUUUAGACUGUGUUUUUAAAUUCAAAUGGCUUGAAUACUCAGGUCUGCAACAAUCGGUUUACCUCGGUUCUACUUAAGACCUGCACCUCAGAUUCUGAAAUCAGUCUUUCUUCAAAAAUUGUGGAACUCCUCGACUUUACUUAAGAUCACCAACAAACUGUUGCUUCGAGAUGGAUCUUGUCUCCAAACUCUGUCCAAACUGGACCGUGUCCUGCAACUUUGGGCCCUGGAUUUCAACUUCUCCACUUGUAUCAAACGUAGUUAUCUACAGAAAUAGUUGGAAAAGCUCAGCAGGUCUGGCAGCAAUGUUUCCCACUUUAAAUCUGAUUUCUCUCCACGGAUGCUGCCAGACCUGCUGAGUUCCUAAUGCAUUUAUUGCGUCUGAUUUCCAGCAUCCGCAGUUCUUUCAGUCUUUAUUUAAGUAAUUAUCUCUUACACUUUGAGUGCAAUCAAACUGUAUUCCUUUCUAGGCCUGUGAUAAGAUGUUUUGUUUUAUUAUGAUGAGUAAAUUCAAAGAAAUUUAAGCAACAUG